GGUUUGCCUCGGGUCACACAGUUGACAAGUGUCUGAAGCUGGAAUCGAACCCAGGCCUUCCUGACUAGCAAAAGGAAAGGCUGGAGAAGCAUUGCUAGAGAUGUGUGGCCGGACAUGCUGCCACUUACCUGUAGACACUAUCAGGAGGGCAUGCAGAUACAUUGACUAUGAAGGGGAGGAACAGCUCCCAGAAUGGAAGGAUGAAGAUAAGUACUUUCCCUCCUACAACAAGAGUCCCCAGUCCAACAGCCCAGUGCUUUUAUCUCGACUACAUCUUGAUAAGGAUGCUGAUCCUUCUGAAAGAAUAAUUGCUUCAAUGCGAUGGGGCUUGAUCCCAUCUUGGUUCAGAGAUGCUGAUGCUUCAAAGCUACAGUUUAAUACCAGCAACUGUCGCAGUGAAACCAUGAUGGAGAGACGGUCAUAUAAGGUUCCCUUGGAAAAGGGCAGGCGAUGUGUGGUGCUGGCAGAUGGGUUUUUUGAGUGGCAACAAUUUCGAGGUGAUAAGCAGCCUUAUUUCAUCUAUUUCCCCCAAACCAAGACAGAAAAGUCAUUCUUCAGCCGUUCAAUAGAUGAAAAAGUCUGGGAUGACUGGAAGAUGCUAACAAUGGCUGGAAUCUUUGAUUGCUGGGAACCACCAAAUGGAGGAGAGACACUCUACUCUUACACCAUCAUCACAGUGGACUCUUGCAAAGCCUUGAGUGACAUUCAUCACAGGAUGCCUGCUUUACUGGAUAGUGAGGAAGCAGUUUCUAAGUGGCUAGAUUUUGGUGAGGUCCCAAUUCAUGAAGCUCUGAAGCUGAUUCAUCCUGUAGACAACAUUAAAUUCCAUCCAGUUUCUACUGUUGUGAACAACUCCCUAAACAAUACACCCCAGUGUCUUGAACCUGUUGAGAUUGAGGAUCCCUACCUUAGUUAUACCCGCCCGAAGGCCACAACAAAAUCCUCCCAAAAGGAAGACCCUGAGGUUCCCAAGAGGCCCAGGCAGCUUAUGCAAAAGAAUCCUACUCCUACCAAGAGGAACAGUGCAGGGUUAAUGGAACAGUGGCUGAAAAAAUACGGGGAGGCCUAUAACAAGAAGCCCAAGAUCCAGUAAAACAGACAUAGCGAGUCUCUCUGUCGACACGUAAGGCGGCAGAGAUGCCCUUUUUAGCCUCCCGAUUCUGACUCUAAUCCUUGUCACGAUUCCUCCUCCAGGGGGUUCCCAAUCUGCAGCUUUUGUGCCCAUCUCUUCCCCCUUAUAGCCCAGGGAUUAAAAAUAGCCAGAUGGGCUCAGAGGAGCUUUUUUUUUUUCUGAUUGGUAUUCUUACUCCCUACCCCCCAACUGCAACCUCCUAUGUGUAUGUAAUUUUUUUUAUUUAUAAAGUCAAGGUAGGAAAAAGACUGUGGAACCCAAAUUUAGCCCUUGAAUUGUCUUAAAUCUUCUUAUACUGAAUGCUUAAUAUCUCUUUAAUAAGGCCACUGUACAUGAAAAUUUCUCCUGUUUUUCAUCCUUUGGGUUUAGCAUUCAACUGUUUUCUUCAAGUUUAUGAGAAUUGGACAAAUUGGUUGGCACAAUGAGGUCAAAAUUGUAGGCUACUCCAUUUGUGCUGCUGGUGGUAGAAGGAGCCAUGUUUGGGUUUUAUUAAAAAAUCUAUCUCAGGAAUGUGCAGUUAGCUUUGCCAAGCUUGGACUAGUAGAACCAGAGUUCCAAAACCUUGGUGCUUGUCUCUAAGGCCUAAUGCCUUCUCUGGGCUCAGCAGGUUCAGAGGCUUUGACAGCUGGUUCAGUGAAGUGGGUUCAAGAGAGAAGGGGAAUUCACAGAAGAGGGGUAUAGCUUAUGACACUCUCCUGAGACAAGGGUUAACAAGGGUUUAGAAGUCUUUACUGAGAUAAUUAGAUAACUCAAAAUUAGUUGAUCCAGCUUUUGUGGGUGUUUCUUUGACCUUUGGGGUGUUGUGUUUUGGUCUUUUUUACAAUUUUGAGUGUGAUGUUUGUUGUGAGGGGAGCUGGGUGACAAUUGUUUUCCUGUCAGUGGGGUCCCAUUCAACUUCCAGAAGAUUGAACAUAGUGCAAGGGCUGAGAAAUCAGUCUUGGUGGAAAGCACUAUCUAAUUUCUGUGUGGAAGUCAGUGAUUUGGAAAUAAUAAAAGGAAACUCUUGAUGGCUCCUUGUGAA